AACUGCAGAAGAAGAAGUACCCAAAGUUAUGACCGGAAGUGUUUUUCUGCCUCACGCUGUUAAGGAAACCCGCAGAUCACAGACACAUUAGCUGCUUCCUCCCGGAGUCUACUGGUUCACAAGUCUCUCACGUCUGGGGCGGCGGGAUAUCAUCCAGAAACAAUAAACCAGAGAUGAAAAAACAAGACAGUGAUGAGUCUGUCACUCAGGGGGGUGAGGAUUCUCCACCCACAGCUGGAGGGACGGAAUCACCCACAGUUGCAAAAGACAGCUCAGACAGCAUCAGCCCCAAAGACUCAGAACCAGAGACGCCACAGACUGACACGCCUCCGCAAGCUGAAGAGGCGGCAAGUGAAGUUGCAGAACCAGCACGCUCUCGUAGUGACAUGGCCGAGGAGCUGAGCCGGCAGCUGGAAGACAUCCUCAGCACCUACUGCAGAGAUGCCAACGCUCUGCCUAACGGCCAAUCACACAGUCCACAGCUCAACGGUCUGGCUGGCGAGAGGGAAGACGACAAGGCAGAGGAGGGCAAAGUCAACGGGGGUCACGGUGGGACGGAGAAGGAGCAGAAGAAGACUCAGGAGAAGAAGAAAGUGAAGGGUCUGGGUAAAGAGAUCACCCUCCUCAUGCAGACUCUGAACACACUGAGCACACCAGAGGAAAAGCUGGCAGGCCUCUGUAAGAAGUAUGCAGAACUGCUGGAAGAGCACCGCAACACCCAGAAACAGAUGAGAGUGCUGCAGAAGAAGCAGAACCAGGUGGUCCAGGACAAAGACAACCUGAGGAACGAACACAGCAAGGCCAUCCUGGCCCGCAGCAAACUGGAGAGUCUGUGCAGGGAGCUGCAGAGACACAACCGCACACUUAAGGAGGAAGGGGUGCAAAGAACGCGUGUGGAGGAGGAGAAAAGGAAGGAAGUGACCUCUCACUUCCAGGUGACGCUGAACGACAUCCAGUCUCAGAUGGAGCAGCACAACGAAAGAAACGCCAGCCUCCGACAGGAGAACACUGAGCUCGCUGAGAAACUGAAGAAGCUGUAUGAACAGUACAAACUGCGGGAGGAGCACAUAGACAAAGUGGUGAAGCACAAAGACCUGCAGCAGCAGCUGGUGGACGCCAAACUGCACCAGGCUCAGGAGCUGCUGAAGGAGUCAGAGGAGCGCCACGACAGAGAGAAAGACUUUCUGCUGAAAGAAGCCGUGGAGUCUCAGAGGAUGUGUGAGCUGAUGAAGCAGCAGGAAGUUCACCUCAAACAACAGCUGUCGCUGUACACAGAGAAGUUUGAAGAGUUCCAGACAACUUUGUCCAAGAGCAAUGAGGUCUUCACCACUUUCAAACAGGAGAUGGAGAAGAUGACUAAAAAGAUCAAGAAGCUGGAGAAGGAGACGGCCAUGUAUCGAUCCAGGUGGGAGAGCAGCAACAAGGCUCUCCUGGAGAUGGCGGAGGAGAAAUCUGUGCGGGACCGGGAGUUCGAGGCUCUUCAGGGUAAAGUCCAGCGGCUGGAGAAGCUGCGGCGGGCGCUCAAAGUCGAACGGAACGAGCUCAACAAGAAGGUCCAGAACCUGAGCGGUCAGCAAGGUGGCACCACAGGAACCCCCACCUCUGACCCAGGGACUGACUCCCCUUCUCCACCACCCACAGACUCUCUGCUGGAGCCCAGCGCCUGUCUUGUCCCAGAAACCGCCCCCUGCUCCCACUUAUGCCAUUGUGAUCCAGAACCGGACACAGACCCGAUCCUGGAGGAGGCGAGCGCUCAGCCCGUCAGCACGCAGGAAUGAAGCAAAGCUGCUCACACGCCUCCUCUCUCCCCUUUCCUGCAACAAGCCACCAAAAGAUAAGCCACCAGCCUGCAAGCCGAUACUCCUCCGCAGAAAGAAAGUGAGGGUCAAAUCUGGUCCGUGGGCCAGUGAUCAGAACUCGCAGCUUUAUUUAAUUUAGGCAGAUCAGCAUUUAAAAGAAGGAUUCACACGUUAACUCCCUGUUUCCUGUGCAGUCUUUAUAGAGCGAUGAGAAGACUGUGCCUCAUCUGUCAGCACAUUUACAUGCACAUUAGAAAUCACUUACUGUGAAUAACAUUACAACACAGACCAUUUCCCACUAUGAGAUUUUUAUCGGUUCCUUCAGCAGUCGAGUUAAUUUCCUAUCCAAUCAAGUGCGUGGUCUUUCAGCUUGAGAGCAGGACAUUGAUUUCAUAUUAAGAUCUUGCCUCUCACUCAAAACCCUGCGCUCGCACUCCAAUACACUCUGCCGUUGCUUAGAUUCCCAGCGCUGCAGCUUCAGCUUUUCUCGUGCUCACGCUGCUUCUGUUUGCAGGUGAAACACCUGCUCUCGGAUUUCUCCUCUCAGAUAUUUUUGUGCAACAAGUCUGUCAAAAUUCCCAAUCCGAUAGAACUGCAGGUGUAGUGACGACUAAUGAAAUUGCCCCACCCUCAUUUUGGUUACAUAAGCAGUUGCUGCCAUUCUCAGGGCGGUGUCUAUUUGGUUUUAUCGUUGCUAGCAACAUUGUUCCUACAACGUGAAAAACUUAAGGUCCUUUAUUUUGCUGCUCCAUGAAGCUGUGAAGGGCAGGAGUGCCUGAGCCCAGGAAAAGGAAACAUCUUAGCAAACAAAAUCCCACAAAGGCGACCAUUCCAACAAAUUAUACAUAUGAUGGAUACAUAUCAAUAAUUUAGAAAAUGUACUUCAGCUCUGUUAUGCUCGUCCCAUUUUUACCUUUGACUUUCAAGGCUGCACCAUUCACAGGACAGAUUAGUGUGUAUGUCAAUGUACUGACUCCUCUGCAUUGUGCUGUUUUACUACACAUUCCCUUUUGUGACUCGCAUCCAACACGGAACCGCUUCACGAAAUUAACACCAGUGCUGCUUCGGAUGACGCAAGCCGAACAGGUUUAUGGCAAGAGCAGCCAUCGAAGGUUGAUGCGUGAGUCCAUUCAGUGUCUCAUCUGCAUCACGAGGGACAUUUUCCUUGAAGGCCAACUAGAGUAACUUAGAGUAACAAAUAAUGUCUGUACGGCGCUUAAAAUGUUUUUGGUUCAUUCCUUGCUUGUAAACCAUUUUAGGGAAAUGUUAUUUUGUGUGUUUUCUGUUUUUGUCACACUGCUCCAUUUCCAGUGUUUGAGUUUUGUGGUCUGUAUUUAUUGUUUCAAGCAUAAUAAGAUAUUGAAAUGUAUGUUAUCUUACAGAGCACCAUUGUAAUAUAGAAAUUGGUUUAUUUUCUAUUAAUUUAGAUAAGUUUAUAAAAACUAUUUUAUUUCCAGUGUUUUGUUCUGAACCUUUCUGCAUUCAUUUAGCCUCUAUUUAGUUUGAGAAGUUUUUUCAGCCUUGUAAACACGACCACUACAAACUUGUUUCACUCCUGUCUUUAUGUGUAUGUGGGUGGCUGGGUGAGUUUUGUGGCUACGUGGCUAAGAUUGUCUCCUAUUGCAGUAGCUUGUUAUCAGGUUUUAACCAGUGAAUGUUCAAGGACCUCUAUGCAAUGCUUGCCUUUUGGUUUUAUUCUGUGGCAGUUUGAACUGACGAGCACUUCGCUAAGAAUGUAUACUCACGAUAUCCACUGUCCUGCAUGGAUGUACUGUAUAAACAGACAACAGAAUCUCAUAUUAUCUUUUUUUUCCUCAUUUUGAAUCUGGGAUUAAGGAGGAAACAAUUUCACAAUUAUAGUUUUCGCUCUCAAACUUUUCCGUUUCUCUUCUCUUGUGUAAACUUAAUACGUAGCGUCGAUAACAAAGCGAUCGCUGAUAGAAUCAGUCAUUUCCAAUUGAAAUAGAAAGGACAAACCUUAUUUCUUUCAUUAUCCCAUUGGAUUAUCAUUGUAUCUCCAGACCUGUGUUGGAGACGGAGGCUCAUUGAACAUGUGAAGGAACCAAAGAUGCUUCCUCUUUUUGUCUUUUGCAGUACUUUUAUCUUGCUGUGUAUAUUUUGAUCCUUGUUAAAUAAAAGAUGUAAUAGUGUA